UAGUUGUUUUAAAGGUCGCACGAGUUGUACUGCCUGUGGCUGGUAAUUUGGUGCCCAACCGUUAUUGUAGAUUUUUCGAAGUGUUGUGCAAUAAGAUAUUAUUGGUACGUGGUGUGAGAAAGUAGAAGACAGCGCAUCAUCAACGGUUUUACCAUUUUUGCUGCCAAAAGCAAUAGACUAAGUAUGUUGUUAAACCAAUAUUUUUCCAUCGAGAUAGUUUAUCAGUGAUCCUGAAUUACGACAGUUCUCUAGUUUGUUUACGUUUCGAAUAAUGCUCAAAGCCAAGUAUAAAUCAGUGGCCACGCGUUAGCCUUAUUUCCUCCAAUCUCCGUGAGAAAAAUAGUCGAAAAUGAAGUACAGUGACCUGCCAUCGCCAGAAAGCCCCGAUUCUAGUAGAAGCAGCUUCAACAUUUCCUCGUCCACCGAUGGUAAUCGCCCCCGGAGCAAAUCCUUGUCCAACAUUUUCCCCGAUAAUUACUCCCCGGGGGAAAUCCAUCGAAUCAAGGAGCGAUUAUUAAGGACGAACUCACGACUGGAAAGAUCAACUUUCAAAAGUUUUACUCGAAAACAAAAACUCACGUUAACUUCUUUAGCUUUAGUCGAUUUUAUCAGUUUUUGCUCGAUGUCCAUCAUGGCACCGUUUUUCCCACGGGAGGCGGCAGAAAAGGGAUUAUCGGAUACGGUGUCAGGGUUUAUUUUUAGCUUCUAUGCGUUAGUCAUGUUUCUGACCUCACCAAUUUUCGGAAAAAUUCUUCCGAAAUUUGGUGCAAAAGGACUCUUUUUAUCUGGGAUGCUUAUGGCAGGCAUUUGCAAUUUACUCUUUGCAACUCUUGAAUAUGUGAAAAACUAUACACUCUUUACGACGUGUUGUAUCGUAAUUAGGGGGUUUGAGGCCCUUGGUGCUAGUGCCUUUUCGACGGCAAGUUACGUCUUUGUAGUCAACACUUUUCCGCAAAAUAUUGGAUCUGUUCUGGGCAUUUUGGAGACUUUUGUAGGCCUGGGAAUGAGCACAGGCCCGGCGUUAGGAGGCGUCCUUUAUUCGUUAGGCGGUUUUAGUAUGCCAUUUUUCGUUUUAGGAAUUGUGAUGGUACUUUUUGUCCCAUUAAAUUUAUGGAUGUUGCCAAAGAUCGAAGAUUGUAAUGUCUCAAAUAGACCACCAUCGAUCUGUAGACUGAUUCGGGUGCCAACUGUCGUAAUAACAGGGUUGGUGGUUGUAAUUGUGUCCAGCUCUUGGGCUUUCCUCGACCCAACCUUAGAACCUCAUUUGAGGCAGUUUAAUCUGACUCCGGAAAAAAUAGGGUUGAUUUUUUUGCUAUUUUCGGGACUUUAUGGUGUUUCAAGUCCAGCAUGGGGAUGGCUUGCCGAUAAAGUCAAUAACCAUUGGUCCAUGAUGGUUGUUGGGUUGUUCAUGUGCACCAUUGGGCUACUAUUGCUAGGCCCAUGUCCCUAUAUUCCAUUUCUUAAGAGCACUCUGUGGCUAAAUUUAGUAGCCCUAUCAAUACUCGGAAUCUCGGUAGCUUUAGCACUAUUACCAACAUUUCAAGGACUCCUCAGUAGUGCCAUAAGUAGCGGUUGUGGCGACACUCUUUCGACUUACAGUGUCAUCGCUGGAGUUUGGUCUUGUGUUUACUCUCUGGGGGAGGUUGUAGGUCCCUCCUUAGGAGGUUUUCUCUUACAACACUAUGGAUUCCCCAUAACUUCCACAAUAAUGGCCAGUAUGACGUUUGGUUUGGCUGUGAUAACAUUUUUAUUUUUCGUUUUCAAAAAUAGCAACUGUAAAGAUCAGGACUGCGUUUCUGAUAGUGGUAUUAGUGGAUCUUGGAGGGGUAUACCUAGUGAUAGUGAUUCCUCCGAAACCACCCCAUUAAUUUUGUCCAGUAUAGAGUGUAAUUAUAGAUCAUAUACUGAAGGAAAAUUGCAGUAUUAUGAGCAAAGCAGGAAGCACGAUAGUCAGAUGGGAGAAAUCGACAGCAACCAAGUGACUGACGUUAGGGGAACUGUUAAUGUAACCGCAGGAGGGGCUUGUGAAGUUUAAAAAGUAAAUUAGGAGCGAUGAAGUGGGUUAACCAAAUUGACACAACAAAACAUUCUUUUUAAACAGUAAAUAAUUUAUUUUGGGGAAAAUAUAUUUGUAAACCGUUUUAUAGAUAUCAAGUUAGAUAUAUUGUUUUUAAACUAUAACAAAUUAAAUUGUAACAAAUGUUCUAGAUCUAGAGCUAUUAUCACUUCCUUAUAUUGCUGUAAACACAGUCGAUGGGAUUUUCCCGUUUUUAGCGCUUUACUAUGGUAUAUUUUAUUAAAAGUAAUGUAACAGGAUUUCAAUAAAUUAUAAAAAUUU